AGAAAUGGUCCAUUUUACGUGCUGAAGAAGAAAAAGUAUACCGCUCGUGCCUUGACCUGUGUUCGUUCGCGGUUCGUCAUUCCUACUUGGAGCUGUACGCCUCGAUAUGGCAGAAAAUGUAAACGACGAUCCGCAAGAAAAAGAAACUAGCUUGGUUUUGCAUGCUCCUGAGAAAGGGCCCAGUGGAUCAGCACAACCCGGUACCCCCGAAAUUCCGAAGCCAGGCGGCGACAAACAGACCGCCGAACCAAAAGCCACAGACCGACAGGCCCCAGCCGCUUCCGUAGCUGAACCAACCCUUCCUGUCCACAACGAGGUGUCCCCAGUAGGCAGUGGGACGAAAGACGUAGCCAAGCGAAAGCCCAAACGUAAGAGCAAGAAGUCUAGACGCAAAACGAAUGUAUCACCGACAGAAAAGCCCGUAGUUGAAGAACCAGUUGAGAAAGAACAGGUGGUAGAACCAUACGAGUCUCCCGUUGAAAUUGAGAAAACAAAACCACGUAGCGGGGAAGAUGUAGCCGCCGACGUUAAUGUUGAUGAUGGGAAAGAGACGACAGAGGUUUAUCUACACAGUGUUGUCACUGAGACUUCGCCCAAGAGAAAGGUUGCACCACUGGGAGCCAGAAUGGCACGGGACAGCCUGGCAGGACACCAGCAAAGGAUGGACAGAGCGUCACCUAAGUACACAGCCUCCAUACCGAAACCGUCAACUGCUUCCAUAUCGGAACCGUUAACUACCGACACACGCCUCCUCCUUAUUGCAGCAAUCGUGACUGCGGUGUGCGUCUGUCUCCUGCUUAUCGCCUUCACCAAUCCUAAAGUGCAGAGGCUAAGGACGAAUCAGACCGACUGGUGCGGAUCUUCGUGGAGCUGCGAGGCGGCAGCCGAUUACUUGCGGAACGCCAUUGACCUUACGGUCAGUCCCUGCGUUGAUUUCUACAAACAUAUCUGCAAGAAGUGGACGAAACCUAUCCACUUCGACAGAGGCUACCUCGAUGAGCAGCUGCAGAAUUUCAGGAAGAGGAUAUACGACAAUCUCGAUACGACGCGGGAUAAUCCGAACCACCGGGAGCUCGGACAAGCCAUUUCUGUCUUCUACAAAUCCUGCAAGAAAUUCAUGACCGGAAACAACGACGUCCAGAAAGUCUUGCAGGAGGUCGUCGACGUCCUCCACAUCAAUACUACCACAUGGAGGUCUUCGAGGACGUUCAAAGACAUAUUUGCGCACCUCAUUGCAGCGGCGUACAGAGGAUGUCCGAGCGCUGUUACCGUUAAAUACGAGGCGAGAAAAAAAACGAUCGAGCUCUAUAUUGACGUGGGUCCCACACUGUCAGCUGCCUACCAGCAGGCGAUCGACAGCAAACUCCUUACGUAUCUCGCAGAUGUAGUCAAGUUUUACUCUGGCGGAAUUCUCAGUUUCAAUGUUACGGAAAUCGAUAAUAAGCUUGGCGGCAUGUACGCCACGGUUGGAAACGGCUCGUUUCUAAGAAGCGCACCAAGUGUACUCGGGACACUGAUGGACAUGGAGUUGUGGGCACCUCCUCUUGAGAUUGCCCUGCCAUCGCCGGAUCUAUCCGGACACAGCUUCGUGCAUGUCCGAGGUAUCGAGAUAUUGAAGAAAGCGUUUGAAGCGUUCGAUGCUCUAGCGUCUAACGACAGGAACGCCUAUUUUUUUCUCUUGGUGACAUCCAGGCUGCUUGCGCACGACUUUAGGAGCCGGAACCAUACCAUCCCUGGGGCACAAACCGAGUGCUUGCUUCAGGCCAGCAAACACUUCAGUAAUUUUUUCCAGUACGUCGUGAAUAGCUUCCAACCUUUCGAAGCGCAAAAAGAUAUCGACGGUAUGCAAACGAAACUUCGAGAUACUUUAAGGAAGAGAAUGACGACGUCAGCCUGGAUUGCGACGCCGAGACGCAAACAAGUCUCGAGCGUGGUUAGCCGAGUCAAAGUAUGGACAGGCCAAAUACAAACCGCGGUACCAGCAUCGCCAUCUUUUUAUGCUUAUUUGGGAACUUCGUUUAUCCACAACGUGGCUGUACUUUUGGAAGGCGGGGUUAUGCUGCCGGACGUCGCCGAAGACGCAGUCGACCUGCCUUUGUCUCAGUGGCAGUUCAACGGUACCGUUGGCUACGUUCCGGGUUAUAAUACGAUCGUGGCAUCAACGCCGGUUCUGCGGCCGGACGUUUUUCACAGAGACACGCGUAUGAACCACGCGACGGUUGGCGCGUUCCUCGCGGAAGCCUUCGUCAAGGCAGGGCUGGACGUAAUCGAUCGUUACCCGAGCGGCGAAGAGAGGAAUGCCGCGGCAUUGGCGUGCUACAAGUAUCACAUAGGACGUGCAGUUGGAAAAGAGAAUGUCAGUGCGGAGUUAAAGGAGUUCGUUGCCUUGAAGUUGGCUCUGAACGUGACGUACGGCAUGCACAGGAAUGGCCAAGACGCGAACGUUGAGGGCGACCGAAUGUUCUUCCGAAGGUUCUGCCUUACCAGUUGUGGAACUUCGUCGGGACUUGGCAAUGUUCUGCCCGGUAAUGUACGGUGUAACUUUACGCUGCUUGGGCUACGGGCUUUUGCGGAAGCGUUUGGAUGCAGUGCGAAGCCGAGUCAUGACUGUGAUGAGUCAGAAUCGCCAGAGUUGUGGUACAGUUGAAGACUGAAGCUCUUCGUUGUGUACGAUUGAGUCGAUGAAACAGUUUCUUUAAUGGAAUAAAUACGUUGGCACGUCAAAGUGCCACAGCUGUCAAAUA